AUGUUCAAUCUAUUUCUAUCUCUUCCGAAUAUCCAAUAUCUAGGGUUAGAAGGUGUUAACCUAACAUUUUCUCCUAGAAAGACUACAAAUCCUUCACUUUCCAAGUUCAGUCUUUUGAGCAUAGUUUCAUGCAGCUUAAUUGAAUUACCACAUUUUCUGCACUAUCAGAAUAACCUACAGCAACUUGACCUUGGUGUUAAUAACAUAUCAGGCCAUAUCCCACAAUGGUUUGUCGAUGUAACUCGAAAAAAUCUGUUAUGUCUAGAUCUUUCUGAUAACUAUUUGACAGUCUUGCUUUUCUACAAUAAUAAGUUACAAGGGCCACUUCUUAUUCCGCCAACUUCCCUACAACUGUAUCAAGUUUCUAAUAGUCAAUUUCAUGGAGUUAUUCCAAAGCAAUUCUGCGACGUAACCUCACUUGUUUACCUUGAUCUAUCCAACAACAACCUUAGUGGUCAAAUCCCAAGUUGUAUUGCGCAUCAACUAGCUGAUUCUUUGCAAGUUAUGAGCUUAAGAGGCAAUCAAAUUAGUGGGAAUAUCCCUAAACCAUUCUCGAGAUCAUGCAAACUAAAGAUGAUUAAUUUGAGUGAAAAUCAAUUAAUAGGAAAGCUCCCAAUGUCAUUAGUCAAUUGUAAUAUGCUCGAGGUUCUUGACCUUGGAAAAAAUCUACUAAAUGACAGUUUCCCAGCAUGGUUAGGAGAUCUUCCUAGAUUCCAAGUUCUUGUCCUAAGACAUAACAACUUUCAUGGAAGGAUAGGAUUACCAACUGUUAAACAUGGUUUUCGUAACUUGCGUAUAAUUGACCUGUUGAAUAAUUUUCAUACGGGUGAUUUACCAUCUAGUUACUUUCGAAAUUGGCGUGCAAUGUCAGUUUCAAAUGAAAACCAGUCUGAAUCAUCAAGCUCCACAAUUAGAAUCUUUUUUCCUUUCAUUGCUCGUCAGUUUUCUGUUCAAGAAGAGACUUAUAUUUAUGGUAUGACUAUAACAAAUAAAGGGAGUGAAACAUUUUAUCCCAAGAUAUUAACUGUGUUUCGAGUGAUCGAUUUCUCAAGCAACGAAUUCACAGGUAACAUCCCUAUAUUUAUUGGGGAUCUUAUAGGACUUCAAGCACUUCAUUUAUCAGACAACAAUCUCUUUGGUCCUAUUCCGUCUUCUCUAGCAAAUAUCAGUGGCCUCGAAUCCUUAGACCUUUCACUAAACAAACUUUCAGGAACGAUCCCUUCUGAGUUAACAAAGCUAUCCUUUCUUGAAGUAUUCAAUGUUUCUCACAAUCGUCUUAUGGGAUCGAUACCUCAAGGACAACAAUUCAGUACCUUUGAUGAAACUUCUUUUGAGGAAGAGCAGUGCCAUAAAGAAGAGCAGUUGAUCCCAAAUGAUCAUGAUCAGACAUCAGCAGAAGUACACACCGAAUUGACUGAUUGGAUUUUCAGAAUAUCAGGUUGUGUACUUGGGCUUGUUGUAGGCUUUGUGAUUGGGAAAAUCUUUGUGACUAAUAAACAUCAUGAUUGGUUUAUGGAGACUUUUGGAAGAAGAGAAAGGUCAAGAUCAGUAUCCAUGAAGAGUAUUUUGAUGUUAUGUUUGUACAAUAAUGUAUCUUAUGGUGUUGUUAAAUCUCAAAACAAAGAACACUUGCUAGCUUGCAAACUGGCCAAUAAAAAAUUCACAUCUGCAUUAUAA